AUGUCCGGAAGGGAAGGGAAGCGUGCUGUUUCCCCCACUCGGUCAAUUUCCCCACCUCCGCUUCGGCGAAAAGUCACAACUGUAACCAAGAAAUCCGUGGCAAACUUCUUCACACCAGCUUCACAGAAGAAGCCUGAGGCAAUUACGUGGCGAGUGCUAGGUACUAGCCUGGUCGUUGGCAAAUAUGCCCCCUCGACGAGUGUUGCUCACAGCAUUUCGGAAAGGGCGCAAAAAGUCGCUUCUUUUGAUCUUGAUUCUACGCUGAUCAAAACACGCUCCGGGGCCGUCUUUGCAAAGGACCCCAAAGAUUGGCAAUGGUGGGACCCUUCAGUCCCUCAAAAAGUCAAAGAGCUCAGCUCGCAGGGCUACCAAGUGGUCAUCUUUUCCAACCAAAAGAUGAUCAAAAUUCAGAAAGACAUCAAGAAUGGCAAAAGUGAAUCAAAAAGUCUAUCAAACUUCAAGGAGAAGCUGUCGACGAUCAUGGCUCAAUUGGAUAUUCCGCUGAGCGUGUACGCAGCCACCAACGAUACCGAGUAUCGCAAACCACGACUGGGCAUGUGGCGUGAGUUCCAAGAUGACUAUGAUCUUGAUGUAUCGGGCAUCGAUCUCAAAGAGUCCUUCUUUGUCGGCGAUGCUGCUGGGCGUCCCCAGGAUCAUUCCAAUGUUGAUCGGGGCUUCGCCGUCAAUGCCGGCAUGGCAUUUAAGACUCCAGAGGAGUUUUUCCUAGAGCAAGAGCCGCCUCAAGAUGCGGGCAUCUUCAACCCCGCCAGGUUCAUCGAGGCAGACUCUGGACCAGAGGUCUCUUUACAAUCCACUCCGUCAUUUACCCGCAAGCAUCCCUUGGACCUCGUGAUAUUCUGCGGCAGCCCGGCCGCUGGAAAAUCCACCUUCUUCUGGAACAAUCUUGAGCCGCUUGGGUAUGAAAGAGUCAAUCAAGACAUAUUAGGAUCUCGUCCUAAAUGUCUCAAAGUCGCGCGGGAGCUUCUGCAGGCCAAUAAAUCCGUCGCUGUGGAUAAUACCAACGCGACCCAAGAAGUGCGAGCCUACUGGAUUGCUCUCGCAAAGGAGUUUAAAAUCCCCAUCCGAUGUGUACACUUCCUGGCAUCCCCAGAGCUUUGCAAGCACAACGCUGCGGCGCGGGCAUCCAACAAGGAACUUAACCCCGAAUCUAGACAAACACUCCCCGGCAUCGCGUUCAUAGACUACGCGCGUAGAUACCAACCACCUACUCUGGAAGAAGGUUUCGAGGACAUUACACCGGUGGAAUUCCGCUUCAAGGGAACAGAAGAAGAGAAAAAGCUAUGGACCUCGACCGUAUGCGAGUACAACACCGGGCCUAUUAAGGUUGAUACCGGAUAUCUUCGAACGAAAUCAAAACGGCAGAACACAGAUCCCCCAGUCAAAAGACGACAUGAAGUCCAACCUGGCGAAACCCCGGAUAUUUAUCACGAUAUCCACCCCAAACCCCGCUCAUGUGCCAUCGACAAGUGCAAGACUGCCCGAGAUUACUCUCCAACUACUUAA